GAUGACCGACCAUGGGUCGAGCAGUAUGCUCCAACCGAUCUGCCUGAGCUGGCUGUGCACAAGCGGAAGGUAGCUGAUGUGCGGCAGUGGCUGGAAGGCGCAUUCAGUGGCAAGCGUCGCAAGAUCCUGGUGCUCAAAGGCUGCGCAGGCACUGGCAAAACCACUGCAGUCCACUUAAUUGCCCGCGGCAUGGGUGUGAAGGUCUCCGAAUGGCACAAUCCCAUCGGCGUCGAUAGUAGCUCUGAUGCUCAUCCCUCUACUGCAGCAUUGUUUGAGGACUUUAUCAGUCGAGCUGGAAGGUUAACAGGGCUGCAGCUCAGACCCGAUUAUACUACUCGUAUUCCCGAUUCAGAAUCCAAUAAAGACGGCGAUUUGGAAGGUCUAACCAAUGGCAAGCGGCUGUUGCUGGUCGAAGAGUUCCCGAACACCUUUUCCCGCACUUCCAUCACCUUACAGUCGUUUCGGUCUACGCUGUCGCAAUAUGUCUCCUCGACCUCCGGCAAUGAGCCAGUUCCCAUUGUCAUGAUUAUCUCAGAAACUCUAUUAUCUACCAAUACCGCCGCCGCCGAUAGCUUCACCGCACACCGCCUACUUGGGCCGGAGCUCAUGAACAAUCCAUUGAUCAACACAAUUGAAUUCAACCCGGUGGCUCCAACAAUUCUGAUCAAGGCAUUGGAAACUGUGGUCGUCAAAGAGGCCCGGAAGUCUGGUAGGCGGAGGACUCCCGGACCGGCCGUGCUAAAGCGCCUUGCGGAGACAGGUGAUGUCCGAAGUGCUGUAUCUGCUCUUGAGUUUCUAUGCUUGCGGGAAGGCAACGAUGAUACCUGGUCGAGUAAGGUGCAGUUCACCAAACCGAAGAAGAAGUCCGAGCCGCCAAUGACCGAAGCAGAGAAGGAGGCACUAAAGCUCAUCAGCAACCGCGAGAGCAGUCUUGGCAUCUUUCACGCUGUCGGCCGCGUUAUUUACAACAAUCGCAUCGACCCCCCAGUAGGACAAGAGCUCCCGCAGCCACCAGCCUGGCAACCUCACAAUCGUCGAAAUAAGAUUCCCGACUACGAUAUUAACACGCUUGUUGACGAGCUCGGAACAGAUAUUUCCACAUACAUCGCAGCCUUGCAUGAAAACUACCUCCAGUCGUGCUCAUCCGGGAGGUGUGAAGACACGUUGGACAGCCUGACUGGGUGUGCUGAAGGCUUUUCUGAUGCUGACUUACUGUCGAUCGACCGCUUCGCAUUCGGUACUCGGGCUUUUUCCGGUUCUGCACUUGAUAGCCUACGGCAAGACGAGAUGUCUUUUCAAGCUGCGGUAAGAGGUACGAUCUUCGGACUACCCUCACCAGUGCACAGGAUUGCAUUGCCAGGAGGGUCCAAAGUUGAUGCCCACCGCAUGCGGUACCCUACCUCAUCAAGGCUAUGGAAGGCUAGAGAAGAAGCAGAA